AAAAGAAUCAUGUCAGUCCCACACCAUAUGGAACACAAACCCUAAUUAUUACAUAUAUGACAAUUAUUUUCUUACAUCCGCAUACACAUAUAUUGUAUAGUGUAUAGACACGUAUAUAUGGACAUAAAUAUAUAUAUAAAGGUUCAUCCACUUUAAAUUUUAGUCAUCUUCAUUCUCACACUCCACCUUCAUUCUCAUUCUCUCUGCACUUUGUUUUCUCUUUGAUCUGAUUCCUCAACUGAUCUAGUUCUUAUAUCACCACCAGAAAAAAAGAGAAGAGGGGGAAAAAGAAAAGAAUAUAACUUUACUUUAAGAAUUUUUGAAGAAUAAAAUCAAAAGAGAAAAACAAAGAGACUAACCAUGGUUUUCUCCUCCAUCCAAGCUUAUCUUGAUUCAUCCAACUGGCAACAAGCUCCUCCGAGCAGUUACAAUCAGAGCGGCGCUGGAGCUUCAGCAACCGGAGGUCAUAUUCUUCGUCCUCAACUUCAGCCACAACCGCAGCCGGCGCCGUCUAAUGGGAGCGGAGGCGGAGUCGGCGGCUCGAUCCGACCAGGAUCGAUGGUGGACAGAGCAAGACAAGCAAACGUAGCCAUGCCCGAAGCGGCACUGAAAUGUCCAAGAUGCGAAUCAACCAACACCAAGUUCUGCUACUUCAACAACUACAGCCUCACUCAGCCACGCCACUUCUGCAAAACCUGCCGGAGAUACUGGACACGUGGCGGUGCCCUCCGCAACGUCCCCGUCGGUGGUGGCUGCCGGAGAAACAGGCGUACUAAAAGCAGCAGCAGCAACAACAACAACAGCACUGCCACUAGCAACAACACAAGCUUCUCCUCGGCCGCCUCAGGGAAUGCAUCCACCAUCAGCGCGAUUCUCUCCUCGAACUACGGAGGAAACCAAGAGAGUAUCUUGAGCCAGAUUUUGUCUCCGGUGAGGCUUAUGAAUCCUACUUAUAAUCAUCAUCUCGGAGAUCUCACAGAUAAUACAAAAUCAGACAACAGCAUGAGCUUGUUGAACUAUGGAGGAUUGAGUCAAGACUUGAGGUCGUCAGUCCACAUGGGAACUUCAGGUGGCUCGCUUAUGAGCUGUGUUGAUGAAUGGAGAUCGUCGUCUCACUACCAGCAACCGAGUUUGGGCGGUGGAAACUUGGAUGAUUCUUCUAAUCCUAACCCAUCUUCAAAUGGAUUCUACCCUUUUGAGUCUCAGAGGAUAACUUCUGCGUCGAUCUCUUCUGCUUUGGCGUCGCAGUUUUCUUCGGUUAAAGUUGAAGAUAAUCCUUACAAAUGGGUUAAUGUCAAUGGCAAUUGCUCUUCCUGGACUGAUCUUUCUACUUUCGGCUCUUCUCGUUGAGUUUUCAACCCAAAAAAAAAAUAGAAAAAGAAACUAGAGGGUGCUUACUUAUUGAUGAAAACCCUAGUUACUACUUAUUAGGUUAAUUUUGUUUUUGUCUUGUUUUACUUUUUUUGUUUAGUUUAUGUUGUUUACGAUUUCCCUUGUUCUCGAUCUAUGGCUCUAGGUACGUACCUUUGGCCAUUGGAUGUGAUUGAGACUGUUCCUUUGUUCUUUUUGUGAACGCUGUUCCUUUUGUUAUCUUUGGAGUUUGAUCACCACUAUCGAAUGGACUUAAUUUCUUAGAUGUAUCUAUAUCUAUUGACCUUAAUUAAAACCAUC